AUGAGUGUGCAUGCCGGUGCGGGGGCGUCGUGGAAUACCAUGUCAGAGCAGUCCGCAUACUCCAGGCGGUAUGGAACGCUGUUGGUGAAUGCGGACGACGAGCAUUCAGGCACGCGCGAGGCGAUAGAUGGACUGGCGAGUUCUGUAGCCGCGCCCCCGCCUGACGCGAUGGAUACGCUCCGUUCGGACGCUUCUCGCUCUCUGUUCGGCGUGAUCGAUCAGCGCAUGGACAACCGGCGCUCCAUGAUUGCGGCAGAUAAUGGCCCAGGGAGCUGGUCAAAUACUUACCGGAUGAGCACCGGUUCUGAUGAUCUGGACGGCGGCCAAGUCGUCCGCACAAUUGUUGCGGCGGCUGAAGACGACGAGAUGCCCGAGCUCUUGAGUGCGCCUCGGCCACCCAGCAACAUGCGUCGCUCGCGCUCUUUUCUCGAUGUGUAUGGACAAGCGCAAGGACUAGAAUACGUGCGCGAGGAGGGCGAAAAAGCGCCUGCGCCCAUUCCGUCCGCACAGCCCACGACCAUCGACGACGUGGAAGACGAGGAUGCACCCGGCGGCGCGCGCGUGCGGACGGCGCUGAGUAUGGGCCGAGCGCCUGUGCCGGAAUCGUCGCAGGGUGCAUUUGGCGUCCCUGUGGCGUCUGCUACCGCUACUGCCCUUGCAAAGCUCACGGGCGAGCCCGCCGCAGAGGAAAUUCCGGCGGAGAAGAAGAAGAAAAAGUCGGCUGUUGCUGUAAAUGAGAAAGGCGAGGUGGUGAAGAAGAAGAAGAAGAAGCGCGAUAAGGACGGGAAUGUAAUUCAAGACACGGCGGAGCCAGUGAAGCGCAAGAAAAAGGUGCCGCGCACCAAACACCGCGACUCGGAGGCCGCGCCAGCGCAGGAACCCGUGCCCCAGCCAGAGUUUCUUGCAGAGCCAUUGUAUCGCACGCAGCCCCUCCAUGCGCUCUUUGCACGCGACGAUCCUGAAUGGCUUGACGAGGACCGGCCCGUGAGCUAUUUGGAGAAAAUGGGCGAGCGUAUACCAAUGGACAUGCUGGACGCCAACGCCACUCCGAAAGCCAUGGAGCCAAUCCAGGUAAUUAGCACACGCGAUAUGGAAGUGCUACAGCCGGUCGAAUCACCCUCCCACGCGUCUGUUGCAUCGGCCUACGAGCGCGAUGCAAGCGACACUACGAGCGUACGUGCGCUUUCUCUUCCACAGCCAACACCCGAGCACAUGCAAGCGAUCCGCGCGCCGUCGAUCGUGCCGUCGGUGCCCCAUCAUGAGAUGCCCAUGCGGUACGGCACGGAAUCGCAGCGCAUGCACGCGCUCAACUACAAUGCAUCGCGCCUUGUCGUCAAUGCCUACAUUCUUUACCGUGGCCUUUUUGUCAUGCUCCGCAAGUUGUGGCGCUGGGAAAACAAGUGGCUCACCGGCAGCGUCGCAGCGUUUUACGUCGUUGUCUGGUGGCGCGGCGAUUUGCUUGCCAUCUUUUUCCUUCUUGCCUUUUUGUACAUCGCCACCUUCCGCUUUUUAAACGCGCCUGGCGAGGAGCUAGAAGAGGACGCGUUGGUCGAAACGAAAUCGGUGGUGGGCGUCCGCCGUACGCCGAGCCACCUCUCGCUGAUUCGGCGCUCGCGGCGUCUUGGGAUUGCCGUGCCGCAACCCAGCGUAUCGCUUGCACCUGCACACUUGCUGCAGCAAGUCGGCGACCAGGUCCUUGUCCUUACCCACAGCCUCGCGGAUAUGCAAGAGCGCAUGAAAAACCUCGCGCUCUGGCGCAGUCCCUUUAUGACGCUGCGCUACCUCGGAUGGCUCCUCGUCCUUGUUAUUAUCAGUGCACAGAUCACGACGUGGAUGAUGGUGAAGCUGCCCGGUGCACUCGUCUUCUUGGCCGUGUUUGUGCUUGCGCCACUGGUCGAGUACGGGUACUGGCAGAAGAUGUUGGCGUCGUUUAGCGACGUGCCACCCGGCACAGCGACGCAUCUAAACGUGUCGAGUGCGCUGCUCAGCAACGUGCUUGCUGGCGUGCCCACCGACCAGGAGAAUGAGGAGCGCGAGAUGGAAAUCAAUCGCUGGGAAAUCGAGCGCGAGCAGCGCCGGCGUGGGCAUUUCUUGGAUUCAAGUGUGAACCGCAUUGUCGAAGAAGAGUCGCGCGACUUGGCGCUCAGUAAAGUGCGCCGCAGGAAAGAGAGUAAGAGCAAGCCGGUGCAGCGUGUGAUGCAGCGCUGGGAGGAUGCAGAGGACACGGGUGCAGAGGCACGAAAUGCAAAACGGCGGCCACUUGAGCGCCCCGCUUCCCGCAGCAUGCAGCCCGAACCACGAGGCUCCAUGUCGCCCGUGCCUCGGGAUUUGAGUCCUCAGCAAGCACUCUUUACACAGCCGCCUAUGCUGCACGAGUGGUCGCACCCGGAGACGGUGCCCACGACGCCAGUGCAGUCUGUGCAGCCAGCGCAGCACAAGCCAGUGCUGCCAGUACUGCCUCCGCCCAUGCAGUACCAAACACAACCCGUGGCGCAAGCGCCGGUAGCGUUUGCCGAGCGCGCGCCGUACAGCAUUCCCGACAUUGCGAGCACCGUGCGCCGGCAGUCGAUGCAGCCGGCGCCGGCGCCAGCGCCAGCGCGUGGCGAUGUGGGCGAGACAGAGAGUAUUGCGUCCGUAUACGAGUACAGCGACUCGGACGAGGAGCAGGAUAAUCGCACAGUAGCACAGCGAGCACUUUCAGCGCUGGGACUUGGGUUUCCCGGCGCAAAGCAGGCGCCCGCCUCGGAAACGCAGUACCCCGACCUGGCGUCGUACCAGCAAAAAGAGCAAGAGCAUGUCGAAGAGCGUGCCGCGCCGCCCAUUGCUGCGCAACCCAUUGUGCCUGUGGCCGAGCCUCCUUUUGCGCCCGCCACGCCAGACAAUGUACACCGCGUCGCGACAGUACCGAUGCAUGAGCUUGCGCGCGCAAGCCCCAAAGUGCCGCGCAGCGUUUCCCAAACGCACCGCCCUGCCGCGCCCCACCAGUUUAUUGCUGCACAAUCCGAGACGCUGCAAGAGCAGCUUGACCGGCGCCAACGGGCGCGACAGCACCAUGACGAGACGCUGGAGCACCUCAUUUCGCGACAGCCCUCGUACGCAUCGCUUGCCGUAUCACAGGACGGCAUCACUUUGUCUCCUGCUGUCUCAGUUGAAGCCGUGCACGCACACAGCCGCUCUACAGACCACUUGCAGCCCACGAUUCGCUGGGUGGACCAGGCCGAGGGCCCCUACUUUUAUCUCGCCGUGCACAGAAAGCGCGUCGGCCACCUGAUUGUCUUCCCUUCGCGUAUCGUCUUCCAGCUCUCGCACUCCAACACCAAGCCGCUCUCGCGCCCCGCGGGACUGAGUGAGCUGGAAGAAAAGCAAAUGACAAAAGAGGUUGCGGGCCGCACGUUUUACCCACUUAUCUCCACGAGCAACAACGCCGCGUUUGUCGAUGCAGAGAUGCGCAACCAAGGCACGACUGCGUUUGAGUCUUUCUCUGUGAUGGCAUCCAUGAUGCCCGCACCCCACAAGAUUAUGUUUGACGUUCCCAUCGACUCGCUGUCCGGCCUGAAAAAGACGCGGAAAAACACGCCGCUGAUGGACCGCAUUCCCGAGGGCCUUGAAAUUUUGACCGACAACGGCGCGCGGUCAUUGACGAUCCCUGUGGUGCACAAUAGGGACGCUGCUUUCCGCAGGAUCCUCUCCUUGGGUCCGCAGCGAUGGUCGGCUCCGUAG